AUGCGUGCAGUACUUUUCCCAAGCUAUUAUAUUCUUGUACUAGUUCUUUAUUCAAGGUGUCCCCAUACAUCGGCAUGGCGCUCUUUCAAGAUAAUUCUUAAGCAGUUUGACUACGAGGCGAACGCCAAGCUUGUGGAUGUGAAAAUCCUAGUUCAGAAUAAUAGUGAGAGCAGCUCUCUAAGUGUUACUAUCAAUGUUCUUGAGACAUUGAAUGACGUAGAUAUGACUGCUGGUAUUGCUCUACAAACGGAGCAGGCCAACUUUACAAAUCUCUUAACUAAGAACCUGAACUUUUGCAAGAUGUUAAAGGAACGCAACGGAGACCCGUUGAUACGCCUCAUCUAUCAGGAUCUGUUGAAACAUGGCAAGUGGUUCAAGGAGUGUCCCAUACAGAAAGGCAUCUACUCAUUGCAGGAUUACCGAGUGGAUGAGGAGCUGCUGCCCAGUUUUUUGGCAGAGACUAAUUUCAAGUUUAGUAUACGUCUGAAUAAGCCCAAAGGUGAACAGAUCUUUCAAGGCGUGAUUUUUGGACGCAUCGAUAAGUCCAAAGGUUUCAACAAUCUAAAAAUGUUCAGUUUGGGCUAA